GCGCUCCAGAGACCGAGUCCUGCAGAUCGAGUCCCGCAGACCGAGUCCCGCAGACCGAGACACCGCGUUCACUCCUCGUGGAAACGUCAGACGGCGUCGCGCCGGUAUGAGCUCCGUGUAGCGGUCAGCGGUUUGGAGAGAAGACCGUGGGCCCUGACUCAUCCUCCAGCGGUGGACAUGUCUCAGGACGAGCCCACGUCGGACACUGCUCCGUUCUUCUCCGACGACAGCGAGGCCGAGGCUCAGGAGCAGCAUGGCGGCGCGGUGGAUCAGCGACAGGAGGAGGCUCCGGCCAGCGGCGUGUCCGGCGUGCGAGCCCUGCUCACCGUCCUCGUCCUCAGCUACAUCAAUCUGCUCAACUACAUGGACAGGUUCACUGUGGCCGGUGUUCUCCCCGACAUCGAGCAUUAUUUUGGGAUUGAUGAUGAAAAGUCUGGUUUACUCCAAACUGUGUUUAUUUGCAGCUACAUGUUCCUGGCGCCGUUGUUUGGUUACCUGGGCGACCGCUACAACAGGAGGUUGAUCAUGAGCGUGGGAAUUGCGUUCUGGUCCCUGGUGACGCUCGCCAGCUCCUACACGCCCAAAGAGCAUUUCUGGCUGCUGCUGCUGACGCGAGGCCUGGUCGGCGUCGGCGAGGCCAGUUACUCCACCAUCGCUCCCACCAUCAUCGCCGACCUCUACGUGGACGAGAGGAGGACAAACAUGCUGUCCGUCUUUUAUUUCGCCGUCCCAGUGGGCAGUGGCCUUGGAUACAUCGCGGGGUCACAAGUCAGUAACGUGACGAAGGACUGGCACUGGGCUCUGAGGGUGACUCCAGUGCUGGGCCUGGUCGCAGUGUUGCUGCUGCUGCUCGUGGUCAAGGAACCCAAACGAGGAGCCAUCGAGGCUCGAUCUGAGCAUCACCUGCACCGAACCGGCUGGCUGACGGACCUGAGGGCGCUCAUCAAGAACUCCAGCUUCGUGUUGUCCACGUUUGGCUUCACAGCCGUGGCCUUCGUCACUGGUUCUCUGGCUCUUUGGGCUCCAACAUUCCUCCUCAGAGCCGCCAUCUUCACAGGGAAGAAGGCGCCGUGCGUGGACGGACACUGCGCCUCCUCCGACAGUCUGAUUUUCGGGGCCAUCACCUGCGUCACAGGUGUGCUGGGCGUGGCCAGCGGUGUGCAGGUCAGUCGGCAGCUGAAGAAGAAGACAGCCAGAGCGGAUCCGCUGGUGUGUGCCGCCGGUCUGCUGCUGUCGGCGCCGUUCCUCUACCUGGCCAUCGUGUUCGCUGAGAGCAGCACCGUCGCCACAUACGUUUUCAUCUUUCUUGGAGAAACGUUCCUGAGCAUGAACUGGGCCAUCGUGGCCGACAUCCUGCUGUACGUGGUCGUUCCAACACGCCGCUCCACAGCUGAGGCUCUGCAGAUCGUCAUCUCUCAUCUGUUUGGAGACGCUGGGAGUCCUUACCUGAUCGGAGUGGUCUCAGACUCCCUCAGAAGGAGUGACUCGUUCCUCUGGCAGUUCCGCUCUCUUCAGCUCUCUCUGCUGCUCUGCACUUUUGUCUCCGUGGUGGGCGGGGCUUUCUUCCUCGCCACCGCCCUCUUCAUUGAAAGGGAUCGAUGCCGGGCUGAGAAGGGCGCCCCCACAGACGAUGAACCCAUCGUUGUGCCAAAGAGCGGCCGAUCCACACGAGUUCCAGUGUCCAGUGUUUUGAUCUGACCACACGCACACACACACACACACACACACACACACACACACACAGGGACUGAACUAUCUGCCAUGCAGAGACUUUUUUUAAGUUUGUUUUUUAACGUUGUUUAAUUUUUUUUGCUUGUAACCUUUUAAAAGGAACAGUGACACUAACUAUCUCUCACAGCUCCACCAUCUCCUCCAACUCCAUAAAAUCUACGUCAGUUUAAGUUUCUCGAUCACGUCUUUAUUUGUAAACCGCUCACUCUCCCACACCAAAGCCCAUAGAGAAAAUCUGUGAUUUUAAUGUCACACACACAGGAGUUGUUGAUCCACUGCUGCCUCCAUCACUAAGUUAUAAAAUUCUAUAAAAAUAAAAGUUCAAAUGUCUUAUUUUGUGAAUUCUGCAUUAAAAAUCAUUCAUUCAGACUUAUCGCAGUGACACAAAGUGACCACACGAGGAAGCAUAGGACCAGCAGCUCCUGUGUCACUGCAGCUAAAAUCAAUGAUCUCUAUGAGGUUUGGUGUGGGAGAGUGAGCGGUUUAUAAACUUCAGUUUCACAGUGAGAUAAAGACGAAUGUUCUGUAAGUUUGAAAAACGGCUACACUUAAAAAAACCUAAAUUGUCUAUUGAUCACGAUUUGUUCAAAUGCAUAAAUAUUUGGGGAUGUUAAUAAUCAAAGUUGUUUGAUCUUAAAUGGUUGUUUUUCUUUUUCUUUAAUAUGAAGUCAACAGUAGUUUGUGUGUUAUUAACAGGCUCAGGUCGAUCAUUUUUCUUAUUUAAUGAAUCGCAAAAUGUGUUUAUACUGAUGCGAAUGUACGGAGGCCCAGAGAGGCAAAAAUAAAAUGAAAGUUAAAAGUUCAAAUUUAAAAGACAAAAUCUAAUUUAUUUACGUGAAUGAAAGAAAAAGAAGUUCUUAAAAAGCGAAAUUUUUGUCAAAACCAAAACAAACUUGCCUGUCGGGCUUCCGUACAGGAGAACCUGAUCAUUCUGUACGUCCACUUUUAUUUUUGGGAAACGUUUGAUUUGCAUUGAUUUUCAGACCGAAUGAAUGUGUGAUGUUUUUCCACCAAUAAAAAAAACACAUUUUCUGUCA